CCGCCCGCCCCAACGGUCCCGGGGCGGUGGGAUGGCUGCGGAGGAGCUGGCGGCGCUGCUGAGCGGCGAGGGCUGGCCGGUGCCCGCCGCGGGCGGCUACGACCUGGGCGUCCCCGAGCCGGCGCGUCUGCGGGGGAAUGUCUGCUACGUGGUGCUGGCGGUGCUGCUCAACGAGAAGAACGAGGUGCUGGUGAUGCAGGAGGCCAAGCCCGAGUGCUACGGGACGUGGUACCUGCCGGCCGGCCGGAUGGAGCCCCGCGAGACCGUCGUGGAGGCCCUGCGGCGGGAGGUGCAGGAGGAGACGGGGCUGCAGUGCCGACCGCUCACGCUGCUGGCGGUGGAGGAGCGGGGGCCCAGCUGGAUCCGCUUCGUCUUCCUCGCCCGGCCCACUGGUGGUACCCUCAAAAGCCUGCAGCAGGCGGACAUGGAGUCCCUGCAGGCCCUGUGGUGGGACCGGGAGACGCCCACGCUGUCACUCCGCUCACGGGACAUCCUGCCCUUAAUGGACCUGGCUCUGCAGUACAACGCUAGCCCCCACCACCCUCCAGUGCUGCCCGCGGAGCUGCCAUGUGCUUCGGUUUGCCAGCGAUUCCUGCUUGUCUUUGCUGGUGGCGGCAAUUCCUUGUGGGUGCUCCUGGGAACAGCAGGGACCCCACACCUCCCGAUGGCAAUGAGCCGCCUGUCCCCCCCCGAGCUGGGGAACAGGCUCUUCGUGGCCAUGCAGCAGCUUCUCCAGAAGUGUGUGGCCCAACCCAAGGUGGAUGUCCACCUCCAGGGCCUGCUCGGCCUGCAGCACCUCGGGAAGGAGCCAGGGCAAAACGAUGGCAUCUGCUUCAAUGUGGUGGCCGCAGUCAGAGGCAACAGCCCACAGGAGCUGGGACCACCAGCACUGCAGGAUCCGGCUUUCACCUGGUGGGAAGUGGAAGAUGCAGCUCUGAAGAGCAAGAUCCUCCAAAGGCUCCAUGCCUCUUCCUUCAUCCCUAUUCACAGCUAAGGUUUUCCCAGCCAAGGCCCAUGCCGGCAAGCAGAAGCUGAAGCUGCUGCCCCUCGACUGCCCCCGAGUCUGGCUGAGGAGGAAGCAGUGGUGACAGGACCAGCAAUCUCAGGCAGGAGCCUUUAUCCCCCAAAGCCCUGCUGGGAGCGUCCUGAUGUCAUACAAUGCAAAGCGAGUCUGUGGCACCCCUUUUCCGGAUGAUGCAAUUUUUCCCAUAACUGCAGAAAGCAGGGUGAGCAGGAAAGACCUGGCAGUCCUGACAGCCUUUGGAGCAUUUGCAGCUGCUUGCUGUAGCAGCCAGCCAAGCUUACGCACAGCUUAGUCAAUAAACAUGCCUGUUUCAUUGUG